AGUGGGACCUGGGGCCUCAGACCUGGGCAGCUGGCAGCAUUCCCGGCAUCCCACGGCAGCAUGCUGUCCCUGGUGGGCGGCUCUCAGAGGUCGCUCCGGACCGUCUUCCUUCUGGCGUUGGUUGUGCUCCUGCUGGUUGGCCUCCUGCAUGUGCAUGUGGAGCUGUUCCUGCCCCAGAUCAGGGCUGAGGUGGAGGGGCCACCGGUCACCAACAUCAUGUUCCUCAAGACACACAAGACGGCCAGCAGCACGGUGCUCAACAUCCUCUACCGCUUUGCUGAGAUGCACAACCUGUCCGUGGCGCUGCCCCAGGGCCCUGACUUCCACCUGGGCUUCCCCUGGCUCUUUGUGGCACGCUACGUGGAGGGUGCCCUGCAGGCUGGCCCUCACCCCAGGCCUCCCCGACAAUUCAACAUCAUGUGCAAUCAUCUGCGGUUCAACCUUCCUGAGGUGCAGAAGGUCAUGCCCAAGGACACCUUCUACUUCUCCAUCCUGCGGCACCCGGUCGCCCACCUUGAGUCCUCCUUCACCUACUUCAAGGACGCGGCACCCGCCUUCCGCGCUGCGCGCAGCCUGGACGCCUUUCUGGAGACGCCACACCGCUUCUACAACGCCAGCGCAGGCCUGCGCAACGCGUACGCGCGCAACGGCAUGUGGUUCGACCUGGGCUUCGACAGCGACGCGCCGGCCGAGGACGUCUACGUGCGCGCGCGCCUGGCCGAGGUGGAGCGGCGCUUCCAGCUGGUGCUCAUCGCGGAGCACUUCGAUGAGUCCAUGGUGCUGCUGCGGCGCCGCCUGCGCUGGAGGCUGGACGACGUCGUCGCCUUCCGGUUGAACGCACGCGGCCAGCGCAGCGUGGCACGCCUGUCGCCCCCCGCCCAGGAGCGGGCGCUGCGCUGGAGCGCGCUGGACUGGCGCCUGUACCUGCACUUCAACCGCACCUUUUGGGCGCGCGUGCACGCUGAGCUGGGCCCGCGUCGCCUGAGCGCCGAGGUAGAGAGGCUGCGCGCGCGGCGCCGGGAGCUCCAGGCCCUGUGUCUGCCGCCCGGGGCGCUCCGCAGCGGGGCGAGCAUCGCAGACCCGCAGCUGCGCCCCUACCAGUCCGGUGCCGCCGACAUCCUGGGCUACGUCCUGCGGCCGGGCCUGGACAACGCCACGCUGCGCCUGUGCCAGAGGAUGGUGACGCCGGAGGUCCAGUACAUGGCCCGCCUGUACUCGCUGCAGUUCCCCGAGAAGCCCCCCAAAAAGAUACCUUUCCUGGAGCACUAGGGCCCGCAGGCGCCGCCCCUCUCCAGCCUUCCCUAGAGACCCAGGCCACAGACCACAGACCACCACAGCAAGACGGAGAGCUGCAGACCCCCAGGCCGACCCACCCGGGACGCAGCCCACAAGGCCGGAGGGGGGAGUCCUCCCAGGCGACCCCCCUCCCCCGUCCCCAGAACAAAGAACACGAACCCAGGGAGAGUAGGCUGUGAUCCCAAAGGACCUCAGCGGCUCCCUGAACCUGCCCUCCCCAGGACCUGGCACUGGUCCCUGGGGACAUGCCUGUGACCUCCGUCGGAGCUGGGCCUGGGGCUGAGAACCGCUCAGAUUGAGAGCUGUUCCCACGACAAAGGGUUCAGCCUGAACCCAGGUCGAGCGAGCUCCACGUUUACAUCUAGCACUGCUCGCAGGAAGCCUCACGACCCGGGAGAGCUGGGAAUGGUCUGUCCGACCUUGGAAGUCUGGAGACUGUGCUGGAUGGGUGGCCCUCUUCCUUUGUCGUUCACGAGGAGAACCUGAGGCCCCUGUGUAGUAGGGUGUGGUCCCUGGCUGCCAGGGCCCAAUGGGUAGAGUGGGGGUCACGAACCUGUCAGCACAUGCCCUGGGAAAAGUGGGAAACGUAGGCACUCACAUGGAUAGCCCAGAGGCUCAGCCAGAGCCCGCUUGUGUGGGGGGCUCCUGCUGUGUCACCCAGCCCCUCAGCCCCAAGGUCCUGCAUCUCCUGGCACCUGCUUCGGGAUGUGUCCAGGCAUUUCACAGAAAGGGGAGAUGGCCCAGCAAUCAGAACAGGGAGCUCCCAGGGACACUUCACGAAGGACGUUUCCAGUAAGAUUAGAGGUAUUAUGGUGAAUUUGAGAAUAAAAAAGAAUAUUUGGAAAUUGAUCCAAUGACUUCCAAACAAACCUGACUAGAGAUAGUGAAGGGGGUGUUGCUUGCUAAGAGCCGGCGUCAUCAGACUGUGUAGGGUCACCCAGCUCAGGCCAAAGGAAGAUGAGGUGGAAAUCCCUGUGAAAAGUGGCAGCAGAAGUCAUAUCUGAGACGAGCCCAUGUGCAAAUAGUGGGAGUCCUUGCAAAAGGAAAAAGUGAGGGAGAAGAAUCUCGGGCAAACCGAGAAUGGGAAGAAUUGCCACCCAUUGAGGAAAUACUGGAGCUUUUAGCACAAGUUCCCACUGGAGCACCAGGUGGGGUCUACAGCUGCCUCAGAGAGUGUGGGCAGGUGUGGGAAUCCAGGAGAGGGAAGAAUACUGCGGCCUGGAAACAGCAGGUGCCCACCGUGCCUGCAGCCCUGCCCACGCCCAGUCGCUGUGCACCACUAGUCUCGCCCGCACAGCGAUUAUGCAGUUGAGGUCACAAGAGCAAUUUAAUGUCACUUUGUUUUUGCCUUCCAGGGUAGUGGGGUUUAAACUGUUACCAUCAUUCUGCAGGGAAAUUUGGGAGUAUUUACUACAAUGUAAAAAUGCUCGUGGUUUGUGAUAGAGGAUUCUGGAAACCAUCUGUUUAAAUUGUCCAUUAAACAGGAGUGUUGGAAAUACUGCUGUACUGUGGAGCCAAUAAAA